AUGGGAGUGAUCUGCAUAUUUACUGCAUUGUUAUUUUUCUCUGGAUAUGUCCUACAGCAGCAAUCUGUCAAGAGCAUCCAGCAUGCUUUGAAGCCCCAGGAAGCUGCCCAAAAGGCCAGGUACAGGACGGGCCCCGCAUUCCAAAAGCCACUAAAACGAGAUCUAUCAGAUACGGGUUAUGGGGCCGAUGAAGAUAUACCAAUCAUUGGGAGUCAACCCAACUACGACUCGUCUGGAAAUUAUGCCUAUCUCCAAAUGCUAUCCGAACCAGAUCCAUCAGACAUCUGCUCUGCAAUCCUCUUCUUCAAACAACUCUCUACAAAAGGCACAGCCAUCCAGGACCGCCUCUUCAUGUACCCAGAGCAAUGGGACCGGAUGUCAGCCAAGAAACUGGGCCCAUCCGCCACUAAAGCAUUAUCAAUAUUACGCGCCGCCAGCGCCAAAUACAAUAUCUGGCUCCUCCCAAUCGACAUGGCAGCAGCUACAGCUGCAGGCUACUCAACAACAAACAGCAAGCUGCUCCACCUGGGCCAGAUCCAGUUCAUGCAGUAUGACAGCGUGCUCUAUGUUCAAACGCCGGGUCUGCUAUUAGACACAGGCAAGUUGGAUGACAUGCUCUUGGCUCGGCCCCUGCCUCUCCGCCACGACAAGAACCGCCCAGAGUCCUAUAACAAUGAGGCGUGGAUUCCUAUGCCGCUUCGUGCAAACCGCGAGGCAGAUCUCCCGCCUGUCUAUCUCAUUACUGUCAAUAACAUCGAGAACGGGAAUGUUGAGGCAAGGACUCAUGUUCCCAAUCUUGCGUUGCCUGGUUUUGGUAGUCUUGUGGUUGGGCCUCGAGGAGCUGCAAAAGCGUUGAAAUCGGCAGAUGCUGAUCAGCCUGGCUAUGUCUAUUUCGAUAGCGAUCGUGAUGGACAUGUUAAGUGGGCUAACAAUCCCUACUUUGGCACUUGGCGAGCUCAGCAAGCUGAAUUUUGUGAGGGGUUGGACCUGGAUGAAGUCCUUCAUGAUGAGCGAUGA